UACGUCGUGGCAGGCGCGUACAGUUCGGAAUGCUAAGCUAGUACUAGCUAACGUGUUUUUGGUCUAAAGUGUGGGAAGCUGUCUCUGUUCUCAAUGGAGAGUAUUAAUGCUAAAUAUGUGUCCCAGAAAAUCAGCAAAACGCGAUGGAAACCAGUAUCGUAUUCGACUUUGCAGCAGCCAGAGGUCUUUGCAACUGGCUCGUGGGACAACGAGAACAACAAGAUUUCCCUCUGGUCUAUUGGGAAUCAUGGAAGUUCUGGCAUAGACGAUGGAUUUGAAGGGGAUCCACAGCCAUUAUGUGAACACAAACAUGAUGGAGAUGUUCUAGACCUUCAGUUUCUGGACCAAGACAGAAUCGUCACAGCAUCUUCAACUGGAGCAGUCACCAUCUUCCGCCACCACCAAAACAAUCAGACACUAUCAGUUUCUCAGCACUGGGCGAGAGCACAUCGUUACCCUUGUGACAACGCUCCCUGUACUGGUGUUGUGUGCAGCAGUCCUGAGAUUGUUUCGGUUGGUGAAGAUGGCAGGAUCAUUGUCUUCAGAGCAGACCAGGAAGGAGUGAUUCGAGUCAUAGAGAAUGCAGACAGCAGCACGAUUCAUGCGGUGACUUACCUGAGGACAACAGAGAUUUUGACUGUGAACUCUAUCGGCCAACUCAAGUUGUGGGAUUUUAGACAACAGGGCAACUCACCAUCCCAGAUUCUCUCUCUGUCAGGGGAUAGAGUUCCUCUGCACUGUGUGGACAGACAUCCGAACCAACAGCACAUUGUGGCCACAGGAGGGCAGGACGGCAUGCUCUGUGUCUGGGAUGUGAGACAAGGCAACACUCCCUUCUCACUCAUGGAGGCACACUCUGCUGAAAUGUGGGAGGUCCACUUCCACCCAACCAACCCAGACCAUCUGUUCACAUGCUCAGAGGACGGCUCACUGCUUCACUGGGAGACAUCCUCACAAUCAGACAUGCCCUCCUUCCUGCAAGGUGGCAGGAACAGCAGCAUGAUCUCUCGCAGUGCAAUGGCUCCAGCCGGAGGGAACCAGUCCCUCAUCAGCGCAUGGCUGAGCGGAGACUCCAGUAAGGGCCGUCUAGAGACGAGUCACAUGCUGCCCAGCCAGACGCUGUCAGUCAACAGCUUGGAUGUACUUGGACAGUGUCUUGUCUGUGGGACUGACGGAGAGGCUAUUUUUGUCAAUAGACAGGUCCCAGUUUAAGAGUUGUUAGUGCACCGGACAUGCUUGUUUGCAGCCAAUUUCAGUCUAAACAGAGGUUUUGUUGUCUGUUUUGAUCAUAGAGGGAGCCACAAAUACUGUAUGUUCAAAAAUGUGUUUGUGACAUUUUGACUUCACUUGAUUAUUUUUCUGUUAAAUGUUUCAUACACAUUUUGCAGCCGCAUUGAUGGAUCAUCAUGGGUGAAGGAGUUUUGUAAAUCAUUCCAAACAGAUUAUUUCAGUUCAGCAGUACUUUUUGUAUGGAUGUCAUGUAAAACAGUUUUGAAAUAAAUGAAUAAAAAGCCUUUA